GUUUCCGGCAGUCGCGCGCUCUUUUCUCGGGACGGUAGAGGCCGUGUAGCGUCGCCUUUACUCUGAGGAGAAAACUGUCGGUAGAGGGGUGCAAAAAUGCAGAGCAAUAAAACUUUUAACUUGGAGAAACAAAACCACACUCCGAGGAAACAUCAUCAGCAUCACCAUCAGCAGCACCACCAGCAGCAACAGCAGCAGCCACCACCUCCACCAAUACCUGCAAAUGGGCAGCAAGCCAGCAGCCAAAAUGAAGGCUUGACUAUUGACCUGAAGAAUUUUAGGAAACCAGGAGAGAAGACCUUCACCCAGCGUAGCCGGCUCUUUGUGGGCAAUCUUCCUCCUGACAUCACUGAGGAGGAAAUGAGGAAACUAUUUGAGAAAUAUGGGAAGGCAGGCGAAGUCUUCAUUCCUAAGGACAAGGGCUUUGGCUUUAUCCGCUUGGAAACAAGAACCCUAGCAGAGAUUGCCAAAGUGGAACUGGACAACAUGCCGCUCCGUGGAAAGCAGCUGCGUGUGCGCUUUGCCUGCCAUAGUGCAUCCCUUACAGUCCGAAACCUUCCUCAGUAUGUGUCCAAUGAACUGCUGGAGGAAGCCUUUUCUGUGUUCGGCCAGGUGGAGAGGGCUGUAGUCAUUGUGGAUGAUCGAGGAAGGCCCUCAGGAAAAGGCAUUGUUGAAUUCUCAGGGAAGCCAGCUGCUCGGAAAGCUCUGGACAGAUGCAGUGAAGGUUCCUUCCUGCUAACCACAUUUCCUCGACCUGUGACUGUGGAGCCCAUGGACCAGUUAGAUGAUGAAGAGGGACUCCCAGAGAAGCUGGUUAUAAAGAACCAGCAGUUUCACAAGGAGCGAGAGCAGCCACCCAGAUUUGCACAGCCUGGCUCCUUUGAGUAUGAGUAUGCCAUGAGCUGGAAGGCACUUAUUGAGAUGGAGAAGCAGCAACAGGACCAAGUGGACCAAAACAUUAAGGAAGCUCGUGAGAAGCUGGAGAUGGAGAUGGAGGCUGCUCGCCAUGAGCACCAGGUCAUGCUAAUGAGGCAGGAUUUGAUGAGGCGUCAAGAAGAACUUAGGAGGAUGGAAGAGCUGCACAACCAAGAAGUGCAAAAACGAAAGCAGCUGGAGCUCAGGCAGGAAGAGGAGCGCAGGCGCCAUGAGGAAGAGAUGCGGCGGCAACAAGAAGAAAUGAUGCGACGACAGCAGGAAGGAUUCAAGGGAACAUUCCCUGAUGCGAGAGAGCAGGAGAUACGGAUGGGCCAGAUGGCUAUGGGAGGUGCUAUGGGCAUAAACAACAGAGGUGCUAUGCCCCCUGCUCCUGUGCCAGCUGGUACUCCAGCUCCUCCAGGACCUGCCACUAUGAUGCCAGAUGGAACCUUGGGAUUGACCCCACCAGCAACUGAACACUUUGGCCAAGCUGCUACAAUGGAAGGAAUUGGGGCAAUUGGUGGAACCCCUCCUGCAUUCAACUGUGCAGCUCCUGGAGCUGAAUUUGCUCCAAACAAACGUCGCCGAUACUAAUAAAAUUGCAGUGUCUAGUUUCCCAAAACCCUUAAAAGGAGGACCCUUUUUGGACUAGCCGAAUUCUACCCUGGAAAAGUGUUAGGGAUUCCUCCCAAUAGUUAGGUCUUCCCUGCCUGUAGUACUCUAGGGAGUAUGCUGGAGGCAGAGGGUAAGGGAGGGGCGAUAUUUAACAAAUCAGUUCUGUGUGGUAUAUCCUUUAACUAACCAGUUCUGUGUGGUGCAUUCCUAAAGUUUCAUGUGAUUGUUGAGAGCCUGAGGGGCGGGGAGCCAUGAUAAAAUGGAUCCAGUUAGGGCCAUUAAUCUUAAUCAUUCCACUCUUUGUCCACCCUGUUCUAUUUGCUUUCUUGUCCUUACACCCCCAUCCCAGAGACACUGCCACAUAUACCACAAAAACCAAACAUCCCCCAAUGACCUUGGCCCCAUUGCUCCA